AUGAAUGAAGACCAGACGCUCCAACCACUGUCCGCUCAGGAUUUCAAGGUGUAUAAUCGUGGAGCGGAAAGGAUGGACUACUUCCAUGGAAUUCUUCGUCGCUCGUGGAACCUGCUCUGGGACGCCGCGACGAGUGGCCGACGGCCAGCAUACAUGUCAAUGGGACAGUUCAUCGCCGAAGGGCUAGCCUUCGCCGAACAUCUCGACAUCCAUCACAGCAUCGAGGAAACCCGUGUCUUCCCCUAUUUGGCGAAAAGGAUGCCUGAGUUCCGCACGGGACGUGGCCAUCAAGCCGCUGAACUCUUGCAGCAGCAUCGGGAGAUUCAUGCUGGGCUAGAGGGGUUUCAGCGCUAUUUAGAGGGAUGUCUUCACGGGGGGGAAGAGUUACGACUUGAUGUAUUGCGGAAGAAGAUGGAUGGGUGGAGGGAGGUUCUCUGGACGCACCUGGACCAAGAGGUCAAGACUCUCGGUGCGGAGAACAUGAGGCGUUACUGGACGAAAGAAGAGAUGGCGAGGAUACCCCUGUAG